AUAAUAGAUGGCAUGAACAGAAACGCGAAUCCAUGCGAUGAUUUCUACGAAUUCACAUGUGGAAAUUGGAAAAAACAUAACCCUUUACCGCCAGAUGAACAAUACUGGUCACCGUUAGUUAAAGUUCAGAGAAAUGUUGACAAGCGUUUGGAAGAAAUAGUAAUGAGCGAGCCAAAACCUGACGAUCUCUAUGCCGUGAGAUUUUCCAAACGAGCGUACAAAGCUUGCAUGGACACAGACGCAAUGGACAAAGCAGGACUUCAACCGCUCAUAUCCACAUUAUGGAAGGCAGGUGGAUGGCCAUUGAUAAUGGAAGACGAGGAAUGGGACGAAGGAAUAUACAAAUGGCAAUCCAUAGACGAUUACUAUGCUUAUAUAAUAGGUUUAAACACCUUUCACGAUUUACACGUUGAUGAAUACAGUUGGGACGAUGAUACCAUAGCUAUAAUUAUCAAUACUCCCCAUUUACCCCCAGAUAUGGAUGAACUUGUAGCUUUAGAAGAGAUAGAUAUGGAUAGCAGUGAUGAAAAUAACGAGAGCGGUGAAGGAAGUCAAGAAGAAGGCAGCGAGGAAAGAGAUAAAGAUGAAGACGAGGACGAAGACGAGGAUGAAGACGAGGAUGAAAACGAAGACGAAGACGAAGAAGAAGAUAAACUUAAUCUACAAAAGAAGACAUUCAAGGAACAAGUUAACAGAAAACUGACAAAAAAGGAAAAAGCAAAUAAGCAGAUAAAGAAAACCAAAAUACCAAGUGAACUUUCAAAUCAUGAAGCUAGGCAUCGUAUAAGACAAACGCGCAAAGUAUUAGAAUAUAAACCUCAAUCUAACAGUAUUAUAGAAUCUGUAUUAUACGACAAUCAAAAGACUAGCAGAAAGUAUGAAGAUACGAAUAAUGAUUUAUAUUUCAGUGAUAUGGAUAAUAAAGGUAAAAUAAUAAAUGACAUUGAUAUCAAUGGUAACGAAGUGGAAAUCAGCGAGGUAGAGCUAAAUGGUAGUAGUAACGACGACAAUGAGACAGACGAAGAAAGUAGCGGUGAUGAUGAACGAGAUGACGAAGAUGGCAGUGGCAGUGGUGAUAACGAUGACGAAGAUGGCAGUGGCAGUGGCGAUUUCGAUGACGAAGAUGGCAGUGGCAGUGGCGAUGACGAAGAUAGUAAUGGCAGUGGCGAUGACGAAGAUAGUAAUGGCAGUAACGAAGACAAAGAUAGUGGUGGCAGUGACGAGGACUCAGAUGACAGCGAAGAAAGAAGACGUAUAAUAAACAUGGAAAGAGCGAAGAAAUUCAGGGCGAGAUACGCGGAGUAUAUACUAAACGUUAGCAUGGCGCUUGCUGAAGCCAGAGGAGUUCCGAUACCCAAAGAGAAACUGAAAAAGGACAUCGCUGAUUUGGUGCAAUUUCAAAUAAAUUUCUUGAAGAUCAUACACUUGUCCGGAGGAAAAUUGAAAAUAACUCUUGAGACGUUCCAAAAGAAAUACAAUUGUUUAGUACCUCUGACGGACAACGGAAAAAUAAGUUGGAUAAAAAAAAUACGACAUGUUUUUGCUAGUGGAGGAAUGGAAAUUGAUAAAACAGCGCGUGUCGUAAUUCCGUCUUUUAGAUACAUUAAGCAUCUUCGGAAGUUGUUGGAUAACACACCAAGCAGAAUAAUUGUGAAUUACGUACACUGGAAUUUCCUUAGUAAAGUAUUAAAGACCAGCACAAAGGAAAUGAGAGGUUGGUAUUAUGGUUUAAGGAACGAAGAAGUAACUGUUAAACAGAGGAAAGACCUAUGCAUCCGCGAGAUAAAAGCGCGUUACAGUUUAGGAUACGAAUAUGUAAAGAAGUAUUUCUCGGAGAAAAUCAAGCAAACGGCUUUAGAUAUGAUCGACAAUAUCGAGAAGGAAGUCGAGUAUCAAAUUAAAGAAUCAACUUGGAUGGAUGCUAAAACUAAACAUGCCAUCAUAGAUAAAUUGGUGUACCUGAAGAAAUUGGUUGGAUACCCAAAUUCAUAUAAAAAUAGUACUAUUAUGAAUCAACACUUAAAAGGUCUUAGCGUUAGCCGAUCACAUUACGAGAACGCUUUAAGUAUUAUGAGAUACUUCAAAUGGGAAAGAUUAAAAAUGAUGCUCACGAAAGAAAUUCCUCCGCAAGAGAUACCAUUGGAUCCUUUGAGAGUAAAUGCCUUUUUCAUAACUAUUUUUAACGUUAUAGAAGUGACUGCAGCAGACUUUCAGACACCGUUCUUCGAUUUUGAGCAACCAUGGUACAGCAAUUUCGGUGCUAUUGGACACAUAAUGGCUCACGAAGUGAAUCACGGUUUCGAUAUCAGAGGUCGUGUAUAUGACAAAUAUGGUAAAUACAUGGAAUGGGUACCCGAGAUGGCGGAAGCAUACGAGAAAAGAGCGGAAUGCUUCGAACACCAAUUUACCAAAUACAGUGUAGUAGACAAUAAAACGGGGAAUAUCCAAAUGAAGGAUUACGGAAUACGAACGCAAGGUGAAAAUAUUGCGGAUACACUGGGGUUGCAAGCUGCAUUCAAGGCUUAUUUACGAAGACAACGAGCAUGUAAAGAAGUUGACCCCGUGUUGCCAGGAUUAGAAGAUUUCACUAACGAACAACUUUUGUUCAUAUCCUUCGCUAGCAUAUGGUGUCAGAACAUGUCACCGAGUAUGUUACAAUUUAGGAUACAAAAGGAUCCUCAUAGUUUGGGCUCGCUAAGAGUGAUUGGUUCUGUGUCGAAUUCCGAAGACUUUGCUAAAGUUUUCAAGUGUCCAGAAGGUAGUCCUAUGAACCCGAAGAAGAAAUGUAGCAUAUGGAAAUGAGAAUACCCACAUCGAAUGCUGAUAUUUUUAACGCUAAUUAAAAUCGCAUUUAUGAAAUACAAAUUACUAUAGCUCUGUAUCGUUU